UAGUUUGUGUGGCUGCAAAAAAUGAAGAGAAAAGGAUUCAGUAGACGAAAACGAAAAGAAAAGAGUGAUUACAGAAGCGGGCCUCCUGGAACUGCUGGGUAUGGCUUGAUGGAUAGUUCCAGCAGCGAUGAUGUUGUUGAAGUUUCCCCUGCAGAAUUAAAUUGUUUUACCAUCAACUUACACAUUGGUGGGGAACUUGGGGAGUGGGGAUAUCAUAACGGGGAAGUGAAGAGUAGGGUAUAUAACCUUGAUGUCAUUACAAUGGGUAAGUUUGAUAAAUGGGUGGCAAAACUGUUACCCAAGAAGCUUGUUGACUACCAUUGGAAAGAGACAGCCGUAGAAUAUAACGUGGGGAUAAAACCAAUCAGCCAUGAGGAUGAUUUUAUGGAAAUGGCUAGGGCUGGGUCAAAGGCGGGGAGUGUUGAGGUGUACGUUAGGGAGUACUCCGUUGGGGAUGUUAGGAAAUUACAGCCUAAGAGAAGUCCUAGUCCUCCCCCUCCAUCAGCAGUUGUCUUAGAGGAAAUUGAAGAACCGAAGGACAAUUUCAGUUAUCCUAGUCUGGGCCUCGUGUUGAGUCAGGAAAAUUGGGAGAAGCAUGGGGAUCGUGGCUUCAGAAAAAAGGCGCCAGGUGCCAUCAGAAUGGUGCAAAGGCAGGGGCCAGGGGUGAAAACGCAAGGGAGCCAGGGGCCAUGGUUGAGAAGAAGGUCAGCAAGUCAAGGACCACUAAUGAUUGAAGGCCAAUGGGAACCUGAACCCCCCCUCCGUACACAGCCGUUGGUGAAUCAGAGGUUCGCCAGUGGAUGAAAAAAACUAUGGAAGAUCUGAUGAGGGCGGGGCCUAGUGAGGGGCAAAAUCUAGCUGAGAGGUUUGAGGAGGUGCAAAAUGAGGGGCUGAACGAGGGGCUAA